CCUCCUCCGUUCCACACACGACCAAAUCCAAAAUGUCUGACGCCGCCACAUCCUCCUCCGCAGCCGCGGCGCGCCCGGCCUCCAACUCCCUGAAGGCGAACUACCUCCUCGGCUACAAUGCCGUGUCCAUGUUCUCAUGGCUCUCGCUUCUAUGGCAUGCCGGGCUGAGCCUCAAGGUCGAGGGCCUCGAGUAUGUGCACCCGCAGGUCGACACCUUCUGGAAGGUUACGCAGUCGCUCGCCGUGCUUGAGAUUGUGCACUCUGCUUUCGGCAUUGUCCGCUCGCCCUUCAUGACGACACUGAUUCAAGUUGCGUCGCGCUUCCUGAUCGUCUGGGGAACCGUCACUCCGUUCCCGGAGGUCGCGAAGAGCUGGGUGUUCAUCAGCCUGCUAAUUGCGCAUGGUGUCACGGAGGUGAUUCGCUACGGAUACUUUGCCAUGGCGCUCAGCGGGGAGACGAUUGAGUUCCUGGGGUGGCUGAGAUAUAAUACGUUUAUUGUGCUGUACCCGCUCGGCAUUGCGAGUGAGUGCUGGCUCAUGUACCUUGCGAUCCCGUACGCGAACGAGGUGUCGGAGCUGUGGGGAUACUUCUACUACGCGAUGCUGGCGAUUUACAUCCCGGGCACGUACGUGCUGUAUUCGUACAUGAUGAAGCAAAGGCGGAAGGCUAUGAGGGGCAAGGCGGUGGAGAAGAAGAACCAGUGAGGUUGAGGGCGAGGAAGGCUGAGACGAAGGGGUAAAAAUGAUGUGGGAUAUUUAAGUAUGAAUAGAUGAUGGCUUACUGUAUAUUAUAAUGGAAAUGAAAGGCGCGAGUAGCGCUGCGUUUGCUCGAAG